ACUACAACUUCCGGCAGGCUCCGCGCCCGCCUCUGGCGCGUCGCGGGCUGCUGACGUAAUGCGGUAGCGCGGGGAAUUUCGAGUGGUGUUGGCGCGCCGGAGGCUAGUGGGUGGCUGACCCCCAGCAUCUUCGGGAGCGACCAUGGACUCCCUGGCCGAGCCUCGGUGGCCUCCGGGCCUGGCAGUCAUGAAGACAAUAGAUGAUUUGCUGCGGUGUGGAAUUUGCUUCGAGUAUUUCAACAUUGCAAUGAUAAUACCUCAGUGUUCACAUAACUACUGCUCUCUCUGUAUAAGAAAAUUUCUGUCCUAUAAAACUCAGUGUCCAACUUGCUGUGUGACUGUCACAGAGCCGGAUCUGAAAAAUAACCGCAUAUUAGAUGAACUGGUAAAAAGCUUGAAUUUUGCACGGAAUCAUCUGUUGCAGUUUGCUUUAGAGUCACCGCCCAAAUCUCCUGCUUCUUCCUCUUCAAAGAAUCUUGCUGUCAAAGUAUAUACUCCUGUAGCCUCCAGACAGUCUUUAAAGCAGGGGAGCAGGUUAAUGGAUAAUUUCUUGAUCAGAGAAAUGAGUGGUUCUACAUCAGAGUUGUUGAUAAAAGAAAAUAAAAGCAAAUUCAGCCCUCAAAAAGAGGCAAGCCCUGCUGCAAAGACCAAAGAGACACGUUCUGUAGAAGAGAUCGCUCCAGAUCCCUCAGAGGCUAAGCGUCCUGAGCCACCCUCGACAUCCACUUUGAAACAAGUUACUAAAGUGGAUUGUCCUGUUUGCGGGGUUAACAUUCCAGAAAGUCACAUUAAUAAGCAUUUAGACAGCUGUUUAUCACGCGAAGAGAAGAAGGAAAGCCUCAGAAGUUCUGUUCACAAAAGGAAGCCGCUGCCCAAAACUGUAUAUAAUUUGCUCUCUGAUCGUGAUUUAAAGAAAAAGCUAAAAGAGCAUGGAUUAUCUAUUCAAGGAAACAAACAACAGCUCAUUAAAAGGCACCAAGAAUUUGUACACAUGUACAAUGCUCAAUGCGAUGCUUUGCAUCCUAAAUCAGCUGCUGAAAUAGUUCAAGAAAUCGAAAAUAUGGAGAAGACUAGGAUGCGUCUUGAAGCUAGUAAACUCAAUGAAAGUGUAAUGGUUUUUACAAAGGACCAAACAGAAAAGGAAAUAGAUGAAAUCCACAGUAAAUACCGUAAAAAACAUAAGAGUGAAUUUCAGCUUCUGGUGGAUCAGGCUAGAAAAGGAUACAAGAAAAUUGCUGGAAUGUCACAAAAAACAGUAACAAUAACAAAAGAAGAUGAAUCUACAGAAAAGCUAUCUUCUGUAUGCACGGGACAGGAAGAGAAUAUGACCUCAGUAACAAACCACUUUUCUCAAUCAAAGCUGGACUCCCCAGAGGAAUUGGAACCUGACAGAGAAGAGGAUUCUUCUAGCUGUGUUGAUAUUCAAGAAGUUCUUUCUUCAUCAGAAUCAGAUUCAUGCAAUAGUUCCAGUUCAGACAUCAUAAGAGAUCUUUUAGAAGAAGAGGAAGCCUGGGAAGCAUCACAUAAAAACGAUCUUCAAGACACAGAAAUAAGUCCAAGACAGAAUCGCCGCACAAGAGCCGCUGAAAGUGCUGAGAUUGAACCAAGAAACAAGCGUAAUAGGAAUUAAUGUGGGCUUUUGCUGACUUUUCAAAUGCAUUGAUUAGAAUAUGGUACUUUUGGUUGCCACAGAUAGAUUUUCUAUUUAUAAAUGCCCAAGGAAAGAUGCUAAAUUCUAAAUAUUACGGUUAGCUGAUAUUCAUUCUUUUCUGCUUUUCCAGAGGGGAAAAAUGUUACAAAAUAUCCUUACUUGGUCAGUUGCCUCCUGCCUCUAAAACAUCUCUCUCUAAAAAUACUGACAUUUCACACAGGUACCAGCUUUGCAGAGGAGGUAGACUCUUUGGCACUUUGGCACAGGGAUUUGGUUUGGUUUGGUUUGGUUUGAUAAUUAAAUUUCAGAAUGUCCUUAGGCCAUUCUCCUUCUCUUCCAUGGAGAAUCCAGCCUCACAAAAGGAUUCUUUCCACUUCUUUAUUGCAAGAAACAGUUGAGUUAAAUGUUUGUUUUUGGAAAGGCGGGAUGUCAGUUCACAUCCUUGGUGUGUGUAAGUACCGAUGCACGCCACCACCAUGCCUGUGUUACGGCAGCUCCAUGAUGGUUGUUGCCCGAGGUUAAUGUAGUUGUUUGUUAGACCUGUGUCUUACACAUUUCUCAGAGUAGGAUAUUAGUAUUAUAAUUUAAAGCUACGACAGUCACAAAGUCACAAUAACUUAGAAACAUUGCACAUAUUCUUCUGAAAUAGCACUUAAAAAUGAUUAGUGUCAGUAUUUUUUCACUUGGGUCAAUCAAAUCUGUAACACUGAAUCCAAGCUAUUAAACAAAAAGUAUGCAAUGAAUGAAUUUUGUAAAUGAAUAGAGUGUAUCAGUUUACAAUAAUGUUCUUAAAACAGUAUCCUCUGGAUAGUUGAGUAUGGGUUAGAAAUCAUUGAAACGGAUUGGUCAGAAAUUGCUAUCUGUGUAAAAUGUCUACCAGUAGCCAGAUGCUUCCAGAGUUCAUAAUGCCUCUCUGGCAUUUCAGAGCCAGCAUCCCCCAACUCCCACCCCUCUGCCACCACCCAACCCAAACACAUCAGCUUUCAAAUGAGAUGACAGCAAAUGCGGCAAUGUUAAGACAAGAAAUUUAUGAUUUGCCAGAUUCAACAUUUAUGACCUCCCCUUCCAAAGACUGUCUCCGUUGACCUUGUCUUUUUGGUAUGCUUUGGGGUUUCUGAUAAUGUGUGGAGUCUCAUUAUGGCUGAGAGUUUAGUGUUUUCACAGUGAAGUGCAGACAUUUGAUUUCUUUAUGAGUUCCCUGUGUUAGAAAUGGCUAUAGAAAAAUUUGUCAUAAUAAUUUCAUUUGCAUGAAAUCCUGAGGGGUGCAUUAAGGAAACUAAAAGCACCACUUACCAAAUCUAUCAGCAGAACUGAUGUGAGGUAAGUGAGCAUGUCAAACAAAAUAGGAGCUCACAUGGAUAUAUUUAUGUCACUGAGUUGUCAGAAAUUAUGUCAAAAUGAAAACUGUUUGUUUCAUGACAAAUUAUAUAGUCUAUAAAUUAAACUGGAAGUAAUUAUUACUUUAA